AUGACUUUAAAAUUAUACGCCCCAAUUGGAAACAUGAGAGCCAACUUAAUCUUAAUUGUAGCUGAACUUGCAGGUCUCCCAAUAGAACAUGUAAAUGUUGAAUAUACUGAAACUAAAACCAAGGAACAUUUAGAAAGAAACCCUGUAGGAAAAGUUCCAGUCCUUUAAACCGCAGAAGGAUACUUAUUUGAAACUAACACAAUCUUAAGAUAUUUAGCCAGAGCCUCCGGUAAAUUAUACGGUAAAACCACUUAUUAAUAAGGGCUUGUAGAUUAAUUCAUAGAUUUCGCCCAAAGCGAAGUUACACCUGCUUUCACUGCCUUAUUUUUCCCCAUAAUCGGACAUGCAGCCUAUGACAAGGAAACUUAUUUCAGAUAAAAGAACUAACUUUAAACCUACAUAAAAGUAAUUGAAUAAUUCCUCUCCUCCCGUAAAUAUUUAGCUGGAGAAGAAUUAACUAUAGCCGAUAUUUCUUUGACCGGUUUAUUCUUUGUUGCAUUCAAAACUAUCUUUGACGAAAAAUACAGAAAAACAAUUCCCCAUAUUGUUGAAUGGUUCGGAAGAGUUUCUGCCUUACCCUAAUUCGUAAAAUACUAAGGAAGAGCUUUCUAUACUUAAACUGAAUGGCCUUAACCUUAACCUUAAACUUAAGUUAAAAAGCCUGCACCCGUUGAAUAGAAGAAGCAAGCUCCUAAGGAAAAAGAAUCUCCUAAAAAAGCUACUAAGAAAGAAUAAUCACCUAAUGAAUCUCCCAAAAAGAAAGAAGAAAAACCCGCUGUCUAGCACAAAUUCGAUAUUUACAACUUCAAAACUUUAUAUACUAACGCUAAAGAUAAAAACGAAGCAGUUAAAUUUUUGGUUGAAAACUGGCAUGAAGAUGAUUAAUGUGUUUAUUUCUCUCAUUAUGAAAAGUAUGAAGGCGAAGGAAAAAUACUCUAUUAAUUCAAUAAUUAAAAAAAUGGAUUCCUUUAAAGAUCUGAAGCUGCUAGAAAAGUAGCCUUUGGUACCUAUUCUAUCUAUGGAGAUGAACCUAAUUUAGAAAUUAAAGGUGUUUGGUUGUUCUAAGGAACUGAAGUUCCUGAAUCAAUGAAAGAAAACCCCUAAUUCGAAUAUCAUAAAUGGUAAAAAUUAAAUAUUAAGGAUGCUAAAGACUUAUAAACUAUCACCAAUUAUUGGACUAAUACUGAAGAUGAUGCUUCUGUUGUUGAUGGAUAAAAAUUAAGAUCUUUUGCAACUUUUAAAUGA